AACAAGUGCCACCAUCAUGAUUUGGAACUCCAGGGAACCUCGGCUUCGGAGCUUUGCGGUGGAUGGUAGGUAUCUUGCAGGUUUAGGACCAGGACUGGUGAUUGGGUGGAUGUUGGCGAAAGACCGAUCAUCACAGUCAAUUUUGUACACAAAGUUGCUAAUCAUGUUGUCACACCGGUGUGAGCAAGGAGUAGUGAAAGAAAGCUAGGAUGCCCAAUCUCAGCUACAAUCUUUGGGCUUUUCAUAGAUGUGAUGAGCGUUUAGAUAGAGCAUUUGGAUAAAACAUAUUUUCUCCUGGGAUUGGACUUUGAUUCUUGAUCAGAAGUGUAACAUCGGGCGUCGGUUGUACUCAUCACCAUUCGGUCGGUGCAAAUUCAGUUUGGAGCUUUUGUGCCAAAGCAGUUCGUACUGUUAUGCUUAGGACGCAAACAGACUUGACGAGUCCACAUUUGACCUUCGAACCUCGUCGCUGAAGGUCGAGGCUCUCGGUCAAACCAACAAACCUUCUAUAAAAUAGGGCACUCGAGAAAAAUAUUAUAAUGAAAGGACGUUGUUUGUUGAGGCUGGAGCAUCAAGACUGCCAUCUUUGGACAUGUGGCCUACACGAGUCAGCACCAGUUCGGCGAUCAGAUUCCGAUGGAAAUACCAAACAAUGUGUACUCUACUCUUGUACCUCCAUUCGCGAAGUAUCUGCAGGAGCUAGAUCCCCCGAGCCUAGCAGGGUCCCACAUCCUGAUCAAUCGCCCCCCGGAUUUGAUGUUGCACCGGUCAAGAAGCUUCAAAUAGCGCACCGGUGUACGACGACGAUGUAAUGUAUCAACAGAUUACACGUAAGAAACAUGUAAAGGGAACUUUUGGCACAUCAAGGAGGUUCAAUCCGAUGAUGUGGACUCGGGUAUACAUUAUUAUGCAAUGUUGAUGGGUAUGAUUGAUCACCAAACAUGUCCAUUUUAGUGGUCAUUGGACAGUGUUGUGACUGAGAGAGACAUGUCCUUGUGACGAGGAUCCCAGUUCUGACAAAUCAGACGGGACACCGCACCCAUACCUCUAGAACUGGUGUCAGUAGAGUCACGGGUAGAACUGCAGUAGGUCGACUCAUGCAUCCAAUCGUACGACACCAGACCCAAGAAAGAGAUAUUCGAUCCGCUGCUGCAGCGGUCUUGAGUUCUCGCAGAAGUCUUUUCCUGAUGACCGUGACUCAAAGCGAUCGGCAACACCUCAAGGGUCAUCUUGAGUUGCUCUGGUAUCAGCAUCUCUGCGAUGCAGGCCUCCAGACUGAUUUAGCAAGAAACGAUCUUGAAAUUAUUAUGAGUGCAGACAAUUGAAUAGAGUAUACUAUUCAAUUCAGUUCAAUUCAAUCCUGAGCGAGAUUCUCGAUGAGCUGAGCUGUGGCUACGUUUUUUUGCAUAUUUUGCCGUGAAAAGUUUUGUGAGCAUGUUAGGUGGGUCUUGAGUGAUGUCACCUGCAAGCAAACUGAUGCCUGUUCGCCCGAGGAAGUUUCCUUACCUGGAAAGUACUUAAUGGUCGAACUUGCCAGAGCCGGCAUGCUUGCUGGUCUCAUUUCAACCAAUACUGGUACAACAAUUUGUGUAGUUAAGUGACUUGUGCAGGUGGACUCUAUUCACUUGUUGAAGAGAAAGUCCUCUGCCGGUAAACCGAGAGCUAUGGCUGCAAAGCGAACUUCUAGUAUGCUCUUCAGAGCGGUCCAGCAAAGCAGGGCUACUGAUUCGCAGUUUCUGCGUGGUGUCUCCGGUGUUGUCUCCCAGCAGCAAACUACAACUGUGAACAGAAGUCAACUACCCAGAUUUUACUCGUCAAAACCUGAAGCUGGUAAGAGCUUGAAGAUUGUGGGAGUUCUGUACAAAGCAAAGCAGUAUGCUGAAAAUCCCAAGUUCCUCGGAUGUGCUGAAAAUGCUUUGGGAUUACGGGAGUGGUUGGAGGGUCUCGGCCAUCAAUACAUCGUCACUGAUGACAAAGAGGGACCUAACUGUGAGUUGGAAAAGCACAUACCGGAUAUGGAUAUUCUGAUCACUACACCAUUUCAUCCGGCGUAUAUGACACCUGAACGAAUCAAGAAGGCCAAGAACUUGAAAUUGGCGUUGACAGCAGGCGUGGGAUCCGAUCACAUAAAUCUACCCGCUGCAAGUGAUGCCGGCAUCACAGUGGCGGAGAUUUCAGGAAGCAAUACAUCGUCAGUGGCAGAGGAUGAGCUUCUCAGAAUUCUACUUCUCUUGCGCAACUAUUUACCGGGCUGGAAGCAGAUCACAGCGGGAGGAUGGGAUGUUGCAGCAGUAGCUUCAAAGUCCUAUGACUUGCGAGACAAAGUUGUUGCCACCAUUGGAGCUGGUCGCAUUGGAUAUGAGCUUCUAAAGCGGUUGAAGCCUUUUGAUUGUAAGCAGCUACUUUACUGGGACCGGCAGUCGAUAGGCAAGGCAAAGGAGGAGGAGACAGGGGCCACUAGAGAACCUGACCUGGAAACUCUGCUUGCAAAAUGCGACGUUGUGAGCCUGAACAUUCCUCUCACUGAGAAGACAAAGAACAUGUUCAAUAAGGAGCUGAUCAGUAAAUUCAAGAGAGGAGCUUACUUGGUCAACAACGCUCGUGGGGCCCUUGUUGACGCAGAAGCCGUCAAAGAAGCAUGUGAAAGUGGUCAGCUUGGAGGUUACAGUGGGGACGUUUGGAAUCAGCAGCCAGCUCCAGCAGAUCACCCAUGGCGUCAUAUGCCCAACCAUGCCAUGACUCCUCAUUUAUCAGGCACAACACUGGAUGGACAGGCAAGAUACUCAGCCGGUGUGAAGAUAAUGCUCGAGCAAUUUUUCAAUGGGGACAAGUUCGACGAGCAGAACAUCAUUGUAAAGGGUGGUAAGACUGCUGCCCAGUACCAGUGAUCAUGAUGGUAGAUCACAUCUCCAUCCAGAGGUUGAUACGAAAACCAGGAAGAAAUAGCUACAAACGAUGCUCCUUUGGAGGAACUACAUCUUGAAUAACAAUUUGUAUAUAUACAAUCUAAUGCUUUUCUAAUCAAUAAAUAUCAUGUCAAGUUUCAAGUUGGU